AUGGACGUCACACAAAUUACGUUUACUAUACAAAAGGGGUUAAUGAUUGACCAGGUCACCAAGGAUACCAUGCGCAAAGAUGAUCGCCUCAAUAACUAUGGAGAUGCAGGAGUGAAGACUUCGAUGGUACGGUCAUGUGAAAAGAAGGGAAGAAGGCCAUAUCUCCAGAUCAGCCACUUAGAACAUAUACCUAGAAAGAGGCCAAGAGAAAGGCCAAAGCUGAGAUAG